AUGGUCGGUGCCGGUGUCGUGACAGAGGAGGCCCUUGACCCCCCUCCGCCUCCCCCACGUCUUUUUGAACGCCUGCGCCAAAUUGCCGGCUAUACCUGGGACGAAUCUAUUCACCCUAUUCACUCGACAUACGACUACUGGUACGUCUUUGGGACUCGAUUUGUGCCACAGGCCCCGACACCUUCCACCUCGUCGCAUCACACACCGAGCUCUACACUGCCAGGCAAGCUGCGGCCCUCCACCUCGGACCAUGCCGGCCAACAAACUCCGACAUAUACCCAGGACGGCGACCCCCUCCCCUCGCCUUCCAGCUUCCCGCGCCCGCCCUCCACCGCCUCCUCUACCUCUGCUACCGAGUCCUCCUACGCCGAAGAGCCCAUCGUCGCCCGCAUAUCCUACCAUACCGUCCGCGAGGAGCGCGCUUUUCAAAUAAGCAAAACCUUCUUGGCCAAGGCCGAUCCCCACGCCCACCACAUUGUCAAGCCCAUCGAUCUCAUAAGGCUGCCACCUACCUCGGGCGAUCGUGGUGCCCUGGUCGUCACCGUCUGCCACCGUCUCGGCCCCAACUACCUCUUUGAUGUACUCGAUAUGGGCCCCGCCCUCUACAGGGCACGUAAGGAUGGCGAGUCCUUUCACUCUUACUCCGAGUUCGAAGCUGUGCCCAAGCAGGCUAUUAGCUUGGAAAGCUUUCUUGAUUUCGCUAUAGGCGCCGCAGAGUGCCUCGAGAUCCUCCACCAUCACCACGGUAUGAUCCACGGCGAGAUUCGUGGCGAUGCCUUCCACUUCAACGCCGAGACGGGUCGUGUUCGAAUUGUGUCUUUUGGCUCGGGAUUGCGAUCUUUUGAGCAUGGCCUGACUAGCACCGGCUGGUCGACUCUGUCCAAGGAAAUAGGCGCCAAAAAUAAGCUCCUCUACAUAAGCCCCGAGCAGACGGGCCGCAUGCCCGCUGAGCCCGAUAGUCGCACCGACAUCUACUCCCUCGGCGUGCUAUUUUGGACUUUACUCGCCCGACAGCCUGUAUUUAGCGGCGACAGCCCCCUCGACAUCGUCCAGGGCGUUUUGAACAAGAAAAUUCCCAACGUCACCACUAUUCACAUGGGCGUCCCUGACAUCAUUGGACGCAUCAUUCAAAGGUGUACUGCCAAAAAUGUGGCUGACCGCUACCUCUCCGCCAGUGGAUUGCGCCACGAUUUACUUUUGGUGCAGGAGUAUCUUGGUAAAGGAGAUGUACAGGCUCUUGCUGACAUGCAGCUUGGUACCAACGAUGUAGCGUCUUUUUUCCUUUUGCCCACGGUCAUGAUUGGCAGAGACAAGGAGAGGAAUGAGCUGCUUCGUGUCAUUGACCGCGUAUCCAGAAGUCACUCGAUACACGCCGUGGGCCCUCAUCCUAAAUCCUCCGACGGCUCUAGCUUCCUCAACGACGUCCUUCUCGCCGAUGACGCCUCUAGUGAAGGCGCUAGUUCCACUGGUGACGGCCACACCCGCCGAAGCGGCUCAUUCACCCAUGCCUCUAUUAGCGAUCAAAAGACGUUCAAGACCAGCUUUCAGUCCUCGCUGCCGGCCGAUUCGCACAAUUCCGACAGUGCCUCCACCUCACACUCGACCAACACCGUCCCAGCGCCUCGUAUUACCCGUCGCUGGGAGCGUCACCAGUCCAUGUCAAACGACACUCACUCGGCUGCCGAUAGCUCUGCCUAUGACGGAAGCCGUCACGGUGGUGUGGAUUCUGGGGCGUCCACCUUGUCUCGACAUCUCGGUACGGCCAAAUUCAGGCGUAGGGGUCAAUGCGAAGUCGUUGUCAUCGAGAGCGCUGGUGGCAUGGGCAAGAGUUGUUUGAUACAAUCUGUACUGCCUGAUAUUCGCAGACGUGGAUAUUGUGCCACGGCGAAAUUUGACUCGGCUAGAAGAGCUGCACACGGUCCUCUCAUUAAGCUCCUGUCCUCGCUCUUUAAGCAAGUCUGGGGUGAGAGAAACACAGACACGCCGUUCCACCAGGCGCUGAAGCAGUACGUCCGCCCCGUCUGGCCCACGCUGCAUAAAAUUCUGGGUCUGCCCGAGUUUCUACUAGGCCCGGCAGAUACCGUAGCAUCUCGUACCAUUUCGUUGUCGCAGAAUCCGGCGCUACGGAAUACCAAUCGUGGUGGCAAGCGCAGAGGCUCCUCACCAGGUAUAUCACCCAGCCCCUCCGCUGGCGUCCCCAGUAUGGCUUCCCAGACGGCCCAUGAUUUUUUGCGUGCUGGUGUCUCGACAAAGACGAAACGAUUCGUCAACACCUUUCUCGACGUUUUGCGCGUCUUUACACACUACAAGCUUAUAUGCUUCUGCCUGGAGGACCUCAACUUUGCUGAUGAAGAGUCUCUGGAGCUUAUUUCACAAAUCAUCUCCUCGCGUAUGCGAAUGGUCAUUAUACUCACGCAUCGGCCCGAAGAACUCUCAGCCGACAAGAUGCAGAGCGUAGUGUCACCCCCCGAGAUUCAAGAACUGCCCAAGAGUAGUCGACCAACCGUAACGAAGCUGAGAUUGGCCCCAUUGACGGAAGCCGAGGUCUUGAAAUAUGUCGCCACAACACUGGCAAGACCAACCGACGACAUACUGUCACUCGCCAUGGUCAUCCAGGCCAAGACGGCUGGCAAUCCGUUCUAUAUACGAGAAAUGCUCAGCAUAUGUAACCGCAAGCGAUGCAUCUGGUACAACUAUCGCGACUCGCAAUGGCACUAUGACCCAGACAAGAUAUUUGCCCAGUUUCAGGGCGAAAAAGACUUUGACGUGCUCGACACCGAUUUUAUUACCCGACGACUCAACGAACUGCCUGCCGCAGCUCGCGCCGUCCUUGCCUGGGCUGCUCUCAUUGGGAGCUCGUUUUCUUUUAGACUCAUUUGCCGUUUGAUGAGUGGCGAGUUCGACUUUGAUGACGGAACUACACUUUGCGCUCUCGACUCCCCAAUGCAAAGUAAAUACACAGAAGGCGAGGCUAUUGAGGGUCUGCAGGCGGCUGUGCAAGCCUACAUUCUUGUGCAGAGUGAGGAUGAGGAUCGUUUUCGGUUCGCACACGACCGCUACAUACAAGCCUCCUCGGGCCUGAAAGAAUGCAACGAGCAAAAGAUGCACUUUGUCAUUGCGCAAACGCUAAUGAAAUAUUAUGCUGACAAUCCAAGGGAACGGACUGGAGCUGCUAGUCACAUCUGCAAGGCGGUCCCUUUGAUCAAGGCGCGCGUCCCGGAACGAGAGCAUUUCCGCAAACUCCUCACAGAUUGCGCCCAAGAUGCCGUCGAGAAUGGAGCCCGUCCAACGGCUUCCAAAUACUAUAGCAAGGCACUCCAAUUGCUGCAACCUAAUCCAUGGGAGUCGGAAAAUACCGAUGUCAGCUAUGACGAAACUCUUCGAUUAUACCUGCGCACGGCCGAAUGCUAUCUCUAUAUGAGCAAGCUAUCCAAGGCCAACGAUUUACUGACCAUCAUCUUUGCCAACGCCAAAACCCCAUUGGACAAGGCUCCGGCCUACAUCUUGCAGUCCCGCAUCUUUGCGCAAAACGGCAACUCAAUGGCUGCUCUGAUUUCACUCAAAGAUUGCAUGUCUACCAUUGGUGUCGAAGUGGAACGAGAGCCAACAUAUGAAGCGUGCGAUAAAAAGUUUGGGGCGCUGGCGACGAAGAUCAAGUCAAUGGACCGCUCCAAAAUCACAACUGCCCAGCAGAGCUACGACCAGGUCAUGACGUCAAUUGGCGCCGUGUUGUCUGAAUGUCUGAGUGCUGCCUGGUGGAGCGACUGCUUGGAGUACUACUAUCUCACCCUGGUCAUGCUUGAUACCCAUCUCACUCGGGGGGCAUUCCCGCAGUCUGGCAUGGCAUUCCUGAACAUGGGGGUCAUAGCUCUCUGUCGCUUUUCAAUGGCAGAGUUUGCAGUUGAGCUCGGUAUCAUGUCACAGGAUCUGCUCUACGAUGGGCGCGACAUGUUUUCCAUUGCUCGCGGUCAAAUGCUUCAUACAUGUUUUCUUGCGCACAUUCAUUGCUCCUUGCCGCUCGCCGUGGCGCAAACUGAAGACGCCGUCGAAUUGGCUUCCGUGGGAGGGGAUCGAAUGUCGACUAUUCUCAGCUAUGGACUUACUGCUCAUGCCAAGUUCUUUGCGAGCGAAAACCUUGAUGACCUGGAGAGCUACUGCCAAUUUGCAUGCGAAGAGAUUCCUACCUGGCUGUCUGAUACAAGAGGUGGUGUCAUGAUUGUGGCUAUUCGCCAAACAUGCCGCGCUCUUCAAGGCAAGACUCGCGUGAACGAUGCUAUUGAUAUCAUGUCUGAUGACCAGCACAACGGUCCUCGAUACAAGAAGUGGCUCAUGACGCAGGAGCAAGAGAGCAAUCGUGCCAUUCUUCUAUACGAAAGUGUUGAGCUGGUCAAUUUGUUCUUAUACGGGCAUUAUGAAAGAGCCGUUGAACUAGGCAGAAAAUGCUUCAAUCACCUGAAUGCCAUUUGGUCUGCACGCAACAGCCGGCUCAUUGUGCUGUUUUACGGUCUAGCCCGGGCUGGACAGCUUUUGAGACAGAUGCAAGAUCCGCGCUCGCCAACGGCCAACUUUUCAGCGCAGACACAGGAGAUCGUCAAGGAAAUGCAGGGCUUCGUCGACAAGAUUAAGCAGUGGUCAGCAGUGUCAGACAUCAACUAUCUCUGUUGGUCACGGCUGCUAGAGGCACAGAUAGUGGAGCUGGUUGGAGAUCAUGGCGAAUCGGUGCAGCAUUAUGAAGAGGCACUUGAUCAUGCCAGUGAGCAUGGGUUCGUCUUUGAAGAGGCGCUGGGCAAUUAUCUCAUGGCUGGAUUCUUCCUUCGCCGGCGUGCGAGACGAUCCGCACGAUCCGCCCUGCUCGAAACCGUCGGACUCUAUCGUCAGCUGGGUGCUACCGGAGUAGCCAGAGCCAUUGAGGAAGAGCACUCUUUGCUGCUUCGCGGACCUACCCGAAGCCACCAGACAGCCGACGCAGCAAUUCAGACAGAUUUUGUGUCGGACGCCACGUCGGACCAGUAUCCUCACGCGGAUGGAGAGGACGACCACGAGCUUUCACGAGUCAAUUCUCAUACUCUUAUGCAGGCCAAAGGCGACAGGAUAGGAGCCUGGCGCGGUUCCAUGACUAUGCAAAAUGACGAUGUGUCGGGGCUCCCCACGCUCGACAUGAUUGACCUGCAUGCCAUUCUGGUUUCUUCCCAGGUCAUUUCCUCCGUCUUGCAGGUUGAUGAGCUGCUCAAGACUAUGUGUGAUGUCAUUCUACAGACUUGCGGCGGCUCGGCGACUCUGGCGGCUAUUGUAGUGCAGGAUCCUGAUGGAGACGGCAAUUCGUGGUGCAUUGCUGCCAGCGGUGAUCCCGAAAAAGGCGCGUCUGCACACAACCCGGGACUUCCACUUGCCGCAAACUCAUUAAUUGCGGACAACGUCGUGCUGUACUGCACACGCUUCCGCGAAGCUGUUUUCAUCCCUGACCUCAGCGUUGAUGAGCGUGUAGGCAACGUCAACGACACGUGGCUGCAAAAGAAUCCACUUGGAAGAUCCAUCAUUGCCAUUCCCAUUACGCACGGCGACAAGCCACUUCUUGGUGUUUUAUAUAUGGAGGGCGAGCCUCGAUCAUUUACAGAUCGCAAUGUUACUGUGCUCCAGCUAUUAGUCAACCAACUGGCCAUCAGCUAUUCCAACGCCCAUACUAUGAAGAAUCUCGAAAAAGUGUCAGCAGAAAACCGGCUGAUGGUGUCUGUCCAACGCCAGGCGCUGGAAAAGGCGAUCGAGGCGGAAACCAAGGCCAAAGAUGCUGAAGCCGAAGCCAACCGCAACGUCAAACUCGCAGAAGAGGCGGCCAAGGCAAAGUCCAUUUUCUUGGCCAACGUGUCACACGAGCUUCGCACGCCCCUCAACGGUGUCAUUGGCAACUCUGAGCUGCUCCGGGAUAGUGACUUGAAUAGGGAGCAGCUGGAGAUGGCCGACUCGAUUCGAGUGUCUGCUGAUCUUCUUCUGACUGUCAUCAACGACAUUCUCGACUUUUCCAAGAUGGAGGCGGACAAGAUGAAGCUCUACAUUAUCGCCUUUAACCCUGAAGAGAUGGUUCGCGAGGUCGUCCGUGCUGUAUCGUAUAGCAACCGUGAGAAGACGUCCAAGAAGAAUGUCAAGAUCAUCCAAGAUAUCAACUUGCCAUCGAUGCUGAUUUAUGGAGAUCCGAUUCGCCUCCACCAAGUUUUGGGUAAUCUAAUUGGCAACAGCCUGAAGUUUACAGAGGACGGUUCCAUCACGAUUGGAGCUCGCUUAGACUCGGAAACGGCCAAGAGUGCGACUCUCACCUUUUGGGUACGAGACACGGGCAUCGGCAUCCAUCCACAGCAGCUCGCGAAGCUGUUCCAGCCAUUUAGUCAAGCCGAUGCUGGAACGGCGAGAAAGUAUGGAGGCAGCGGUCUCGGUUUGAGCAUCUGCAAGUCUCUGAUUGAGGUGAUGAUGAAGGGCAAGAUCCGGCUGGAUAGUGAAGAGACGGUCGGCACAACAGCCUGGUUUACAGUCGUUUUUGAGAAGACGGAGGCGGAUGUUUCGGCUGGCGAUGCGCUGGCCAAAUCGUCGCCGCCGAUUGAUCGAUACUCGAGCCUGCCGCCGAGUUUCGAGCGGGCAAUUGUUUCGCAUCCGCCGAUGAAUCUGUCCAAGCUCGCAACCGAAGAUAUCCGCAUCUGCAUUGCUGAAGACAACCCAAUCAAUCAAAAGAUUGCCAUUCAGUAUGUGAAGCGACUGGGCUACUGCAACGUUGUGGCGUAUGAAAACGGCAUGAAGGCGAUUGAGGGUCUACGCGCCAAGGCAAAGGAUGGACAGCCGUACCACAUUAUCCUCAUGGAUGUCAUGAUGCCUGUCUUGGAUGGCUACGAAGCUACGAAGCUUAUUCGCAAGGACCCUAUCGAGGCUGUUCGAAAAGUCCUCGUCAUUGCCAUGACGGCUUCGGCGAUUCAGGGCGAUAGAGAAAAGUGUCUGGCGGCGGGCAUGAAUGACUACCUUGCCAAGCCGGUGCGCGCCGAUGUUUUGAGGCGGAAGCUGGACGCCUAUGUCAAUGCGCCAGAGCAUGCAUUCCCGACACCGUCGCCGAGCCCGCUGGAAUUCUCGCAAGCCGAAUAUGACGCGAGAGUCAAGAUGAUGGCGGAAUCUGGCAGCGAGCAGACAUUGAGCGGCCAAGGCUCGCCGACGGACGCCAGCAUGGACCCGAUGGAGGAGGGCGCUGUAUUUAACCAGCCGCUCAACUCGGAGGGGCUACACGCGUGCGACAGUCCCAUUUUUGGCUCUUCGACGCCGUCAUUUCCGUUGCGCAGCCGGUCCGCCCACAGCUCCAUCUCGACGAAUCCCAGUUUAUCAAAUCUGUCCAGCGACAAGAAAGAGGGCAGCGGCGGGCGGGCAAGUGCCGAUGACAAUGGAAAGUCGACGGCAGCAGACAAGAAUGCCACCUUGACGAAUGGCCAGAGGGACAGUUGA